AUGUGUAGAUAUAGAUCUGUUUCUUACAAGAGCAGAAUAUUUUAUGUAAACGGUCUGUGGCAGGAGUGGUUUUCUAGCUCAUCAAAAGUUUCAGAAAAUGUUCCUUUUGUUGAUGUUCAGUGCAAGGAUACAAACGAUAAAAUAGUAUCCAGUAUGUUACACUACCCAACUAAACAAGAGCUUAGAAAACGGGAAGUCCCACAUAACAACAACUUCAGCUCAGAGCAGAUGAAUGUGUUACUGCUUGGGUUAGAUUCACUGUCAGGAAAUUUGUUCAAACGUGCCAUGAAAAAAACAAGAGAUUAUUUAUUGAACACGAUGGGUGUGGUGGAGAUGAACAUGUACAAUAAAGUUGGAGACAACACGUUUUCUAACCUUAUAGCAAUCGCUGCAGGGAAUUAUGAACGUUACAUCCCAAGUUUUAAAAAAUUCGAGGCUUUCGACUACAUUAAUUUUAUCUGGCAGGAUUUCAAGAAAGCCGGGUUUCGAACCCAGUACGUGUCAGAUAUGCCAGACUUCGACGAUUUCUCUCAGCCACCAACAGACAGCUACAACAUUCCGAUGGUGAAGUCUCUCAUGAAAGAUAAAAAUAUUUACUACAACAACUGUUUUGAAGACCAAAUUGAAGUAACUCUGUGGCUAAAUCUUGUAAAAGAAUUUAUUCUAGAAUCUAUUCACACUACAGGGAGAUUUUUCUCUUUGGCUGUGAUAGACAGACCGACACAUGACUUCCCAAACAAGGCUAGUGCUGUAGAUGAGCUGUAUUUCAAUUUUCUUAAAGAUUUGCACCAGUCAUCUGUAUUCAACAACACGUUUUUUGUGUUUUUCGGUGACCACGGGCCUAGAUGGGGAGCCUACAGAAAAACGUUUGAAGGCAGCAUCGAAGAACGAGCUCCUGCUAUGUUGGUAUACACGCCUGAAUGGUUUCAGAAGAAACACUCCAGACUUUUCAAAAACCUGCUCACCAACGCCAACAGACUGACCACUAACUUUGACAUUCACAAAACUUUAAAAUGUGUGCUAACUUUAGAUUUUGAAGGGUUAACGGACAAAUCUAAAGUUGAUUUGGAUUUUAGGACGAGAUCUUUAUUUUCUGAGAUUUCUCCAACACGAACCUGCAAGGAUGCGGAUUUGUCUCCACAUUUCUGUAUGUGUAACGACGGGGUACCUGUCCCUACUUGGGAAAUCGCUCCUGAAAUAGGGAAUCAAGUGGUACAGGAUAUAAAUUCAAUCACGUCCAAAUACCGCGACAAAUGUGCCGUCCUGAAAUUCCGAAACGUAACCAGUUUGACGUUUCACGGCGGGUCUAUAGGCUGGAGUGGGGCCUACAGAAUCAUGUUUGACACUAGCCCAGGGCUAGCCUCGUUUGAGGCCACAGUCAGAUACACCGUCAGCUUCUUUAUAUUCACGUCAGUACAGACUCUAGGCGACAUCAGCAGGACGAGCACGUACAAAAACUUGUCGGACUGUGUGGAACAUGAUAAGAUUGUACGCAUGUAUUGCUACUACAUAUAUUACAAAACUGAAAAUAUUGCAAUUGAACCCUCACGCAGAUUUCGACGAUUGUUGAACAUCAGGUUAAUCCUGCCGCUUAUCCUCAUCACAGUUGCUGUUUGGUCUAUACAGAGGAGUUAUAGCUACAUCAAACUAACAGAAGCUCCUCAGAUCAAGUAUGGAGACAGCUGUAGAUUUCCUGAACUAGAUCCUUUUAGCCCGAACUCUCUAAGAUAUUAUGAACAGUUUCCUACCGUAGAAUGUCCCGACGGCCUACAUACGCUGACGUACUACGAUGGGAAAUAUGUUCACGUCAAUCAAACAUUAAAGAGAAAUUUUCACAAAGAUGAGUCAAUAACUUGCAGAUAUAGAUCUGUUUUCCACAAGAGGAGAAUAUACUAUGUCAAUGGUGAAUGGCAGGACUGGUUUUCUGAUGUAUCAAAAGUCUCUAAAAAUGUUCCUUUUGUUGAUGUUCAGUGCAAGGAUACCAACGAUAAAAUAGUAUCCAGUAUGUUACACUACCCAACUAAACAAGAGCUAAGAAAACGGGAAGUCCCACAUAACAACAACUUCAGCUCUGAGCAGAUGAAUGUGUUACUGCUUGGGUUAGAUUCACUGUCAGGAAAUUUGUUCAAACGUGCCAUGAAAAAAACAAGAGAUUAUUUAUUGAACACGAUGGGUGUGGUGGAGAUGAACAUGUACAACAAAGUUGGAGACAACACAUUUCCUAACCUGCUAGCGAUCGCUGCAGGAAAAUAUGAACAUGACAUCCCAAACUGGAGUCAAGCCGAGGGCUUUGACGCCGUGAACUUUAUCUGGCAGGAUUUCAAGAAAGCCGGGUUUCGAACCCAGUACGUGUCAGAUAUGCCAGACUUUGACGAUUUCUCUUGGCCACCGACAGACAGCUACAACAUUCCAAUGUUGAAGUCUCUAUUGAAAGAUAAAAAUGUUUUUGACAACAACUGUUUUGAAGACCAAAUUGAAGUUAAGGUGUGGCUAAAUCUUGUAAAAGAAUUUAUUCUAGAAUCUCUCCACACUACAGGGAGAUUUUUCUCUUUGGCUGUGAUAGACAGACCGACACACGACUUCCCAAACAAGGCUAGUGCCGUUGAUGAGCUGUAUUUUAAUUUUCUUAGAGAUCUGCACCAGUCAUCUGUAUUCAACAACACGUUUUUUGUGUUCUUCGGUGACCACGGGCCUAGAGUUGGAGCCUACAGAAAAACGUUUGAAGGCAGCAUCGAAGAACGAACCCCUGCUAUGUUGGUAUACACGCCUGAAUGGUUUCAGAAGAAACACUCCAGACUUUUCAAAAACCUGCUCACUAAUGCCAACAGAUUGACAACUAACUUUGACAUACACAAAACUUUAAAAUGUGUGCUAAGUUUAGACUUCGAAGGGUUAACAGAAAAAUCUAAAGUCGAUUUUGAUUUCAGGGUGAAAUCUUUUUUUUCUGAGAUUUCUAUAAAACGAACAUGCGAAGAUGCGGAUUUGUCUCCACAUUACUGUAUGUGUAACGGCGGGGUACCUGUUCCCACUUGGGAAAUCGCACCUAAAAUAGGUUAUCAAGUUGUACAGGAUAUUAAUUCAAUCACGUCCAAAUACCGCGACAAGUGUGCCGUCCUGAAAUUCCGUAACGUAACCAGUUUGACGUUACACGGCGGGUCUAUAGGCUGGAGUGGGAUCUACAGAAUCAUGUUUGAUACUAGCCCAGGGCUGGCGUCGUUUGAGGCCACAGUCAGAUACACCGUCAGCUUCUUUAUAUUCACGUCAGUACAGACUCUAGGCGACAUCAGCAGGACUAGCACGUACAAAAACUUGUCGGACUGUGUGGAACAUGAUAAGAUUGUACGCAUGUAUUGCUACUGCAAGGAUUUACUGACUUCUUGAAGAUAUAUUGUAAAACAUGUUUCAUAUCUCCUUCUAAUUUUAUCUGAUUAUCUAACGUGUGAGGUUACAGAGUUGCGCAUGCAUUUCUCCUUCUUUCUUAAAAAGUUCAAAAGAAAUUUUAGUGUGGUGAUAUAAUAUUUUAAAA